AGGCAGACUUGAAACAAGACUCUGAAAGUUUCCCUACGUCAGACGCGGCCUGUUCGGUGCCCAGACGCUUGCCAACUCUCGUGCGCAAAGUCCUGUCCUCUUCGCGAGACUUGUCGAGCCGGAAGUGUCCGAGGAUUUGUAGCGAGGCAGUGCGCCACUUCCGCUCGAGUUUGACUGGAAUUGGAGGAAGGCGGGAUUCUCUCUGCUGCUGUCGGAUCCCUGGGGGCCGAGGUGAACAUCUGGCUGCCGCUUCUCCUCUGGUUGAGGUGGUGGAGGGGGUCGCUGACGGUUGCUUUGGUUUCGGGAAAGGACGGCGGAAAGCGGAGGUCGCAGUUUCGGGUCAGCAGGAUGCGGGUGGCCGUGACCGGCUGCUGUCAUGGAGAGCUGGACAAGAUAUAUGAGACACUAGCGCUGGCAGAGCGGCGGGGUCGGGGACCUGCUGACCUGCUGCUGUGCUGCGGCGACUUCCAGGCCGUGCGUAACGAAGCCGACCUGCGUUGUAUGGCCGUUCCCCCCAAGUACCGCCACAUGCAGACUUUCUACAGGUAUUAUUCUGGAGAGAAGAAAGCUCCUGUUCUCACAAUCUUCAUUGGAGGAAAUCAUGAAGCUUCUAAUCACUUGCAAGAGCUACCUUAUGGUGGCUGGGUGGCACCAAACAUAUAUUAUCUAGGAUAUGCUGGAGUAGUUAAAUUCCGUGGUGUAAGAAUUGCUGGAAUCUCUGGUAUCUUCAAAUCUCAUGACUACCGGAAAGGACAUUAUGAGUGCCCCCCUUAUGAUCAAAACUCAGUAAGAAGUGUAUAUCAUGUGAGAAAUAUUGAAGUCUUCAAAUUAAAACAGCUGAAGCAACCUAUUGACAUAUUCCUGUCUCAUGACUGGCCAAGAAGUAUAUACCAUUAUGGCAAUAAAAAGCAACUUCUUCAAACAAAAUCCUUCUUUCGACAAGAAGUAGAAAACAACACGUUAGGAAGCCCUGCUGCUUCAGAGCUUUUACAUCAUCUGCAACCUACUUACUGGUUCUCUGCACACCUUCAUGUGAAGUUUGCAGCUUUAAUGAAACAUCAGGCCAAUGAUGGACAGGUACCAAAAGAAACCAAAUUCUUAGCCUUAGACAAAUGUCUGCCCCACAGAGACUUCCUACAGAUAAUAGAAGUAGACCAUGAUGUAAAAGCACCAGACCAUUUGGAAUAUGACCUUGAAUGGCUCACUAUUCUAAAGGCUACUAAUAGUCUUGUAAAUGUGUCACGAAGUUUAUGGAAUAUGCCUGAAAAUAAUGGCCUCCAUGCAAAGUGGGAUUAUAGUGCAACAGAAGAAUCUAUGAAAGAGGUAUUGGAAGAAAUGAACCAUGACCUCAAAGUUCCAUAUAACUUCAGUGUGACAGCUAUAUGUUAUGAUCCCAGCAAGCCCCAGAAACACAUGGAGUUAGUUCAUAGGAUCAGUCCUCAAACCACGGAAUUUUGUGCCCAGCUUGGCCUCACUGAUAUUAAUAAUCGAAUUCAACAAGUGAUAGAAGAAAGUUCAUUGCGUGGAGACUAUGAGGAGGACUUGGACAGUAAUGGAUCAGAAGAACCAAGUGAAUACAACACAGAUAAUUCUGUCUUAUCUUCCUCAAUUAACCCAGAUGAAAUAAUGCUUGAUGAGGAUGAUGAGGGUGAAGAUAGUAUUACAGGUAUACAUGGUGACAUUAGUACUCCCUCAGUGGAGCCCUCGCCUGAUCAUCACCCUCCUGAUUUUUCAACAAGCUUUUCUGAUAUUAGGAUCUUACCAGAUUCCAUGGUAGUAUCUUCUGAUGAUACCAUGAAUUCUACAAAUGAACUGGAGAAAUCUAGUGAAAAUCAGGAUUCAGAGGAAGGGGGGAACUUAAAUGAGAAGCCCUUGAAAAGACUAAGUGAUGAAACUGGAAAUGUAAACCACUUACAAAAGAAAAUUAAGAGAAGGAAUCAAGCUAUCUAUUCUACAGAGGAUGACAAUAAUAUAGAAUGAAGAAAGAAGAAAGACUUUACAUGAACUUUGUGUUAUACAGAAUAAAUUGUCGUAUAUACAAGCAAUUUAAUUCCUUUUUUAGUCGGAUGACAUUUAAUUUGGAUAUUUGUACCUGGACCUAAACUAACAUUUGUCAAUGGAAUCAACACAAGAAAUUUCAACAUUUACUUCCUGGGGAGUGUCUGUGUUUAACUUCUUAUAUAUUCUGGAUUAAAUACAUUUUUUUC